UCUUCACUGCUGCUCGGACAGAGAUGAACACAGUCUACCGCUAUGUUAGAUGAUACAGAAAAUAAAAAUGAUGCAGUGCUUUCCAAUGAGCAGCAAGAGAGUCAGCAUCAGAUUAGCAUUGUGCCUCCAGAGUCAACUCUGAAGAUAAAGAAGAAAGUAAUAACAGAGGAGUAUAAGCUUGCAGGACAGGUGCUCGGGAUAGGCAUCAACGGCAAGGUCUGGGAAAUAUUCCAGAAGAAAAGUGGCAAAAAUUAUGCUUUAAAGAUGUUGCGGGACACCCCUAAGGCUCGACGGGAAGUGGAGCUUCACUGCAGGGCAUCGAGCUGCCCCCGUAUCGUAGGAAUUGAAGAUGUCUUUGAGAAUUACUACCAAGGCAAAAAGUGUUUGCUUCUGAUCAUGGAGUGUAUGGAGGGGGGAGAACUCUUUCGCCACAUUAAGGAACGUGGUGAUCAAGCUUUCACUGAAAGAGAAGCCUCGGAAAUAAUGAAAAAUAUAGGAGAAGCUGUGGAGUUUCUGCAUGGUAUUAAUAUUGCUCACAGAGACCUCAAGCCAGAGAAUUUACUGUACUCUUCAAAGCAUCCGGAUGCCCAGCUCAAGCUUACAGACUUUGGAUUUGCCAAAGAGACCACAUCCAACAACUGCUUGACCACCCCGUGCUAUACACCUUAUUAUGUGGCCCCAGAGGUGUUUGGUCCAGAGAAAUAUGAUAAGUCAUGUGACUUGUGGUCAUUAGGAGUCAUCAUGUACAUCUUGUUGUGUGGAUAUCCACCAUUUUACUCAAACCACGGCUUACCGCUCUCACCGGGAAUGAGAAAACGCAUAAGAAAUGGCCAGUAUGAAUUUCCAAACCCUGAAUGGUCACAGGUGUCAGAGGAAGCAAAGCAGCUCAUUUGCCAGCUAUUGAAAACAGAUCCUACAGAGAGAAUGACCAUCGCACAAUUCAUGAACCAUUCUUGGAUCAAUAAGUCAAUGAAUGUUCCUCCUACACAUCUACACACAAGCCGAGUUCUUAAGGAAGAGAGUCACGUCUGGGAUGAAGUCAAGCAAGAGAUGACUAAUGCCUUAGCAACAAUAAGAGUGGACUAUGAACAAAUAAAGGUUAAACCGAUCAAGGAUGCGUCCAAUCCUCUUCUUCUAAAAAGAAGAAAGAAAAUGGCUGUUGCAAUGGAAGAAGCACCAGGGCAGUGGCAAACUAAUGCAUGUGGAAAUGCAUAGCUCUUGAUCACUAGAGGACACUUCAAAUUCAAGAUUGAGGGAAAAAUGGGGCCUUUCAUGGCAUUUAGUCUUCAUUUCUCUUUUUAAAGCCUGCAACAGUUAGUUAUAGCAAAGAUAAUAUGUGUGUUAAUAUCUGUAGGGAUGAAUGAGUGUAUUAGUGUUUACUUCUAAACUGUAUCUGUAGCAAGUGCAUUUUUAAUAAUUUUCUUGAAUGUUUUUUGAAAGUAAUAUCCAUUUUAUUAGUCACUUUUUUAAAACCAAGUAUUAAUGUUUGCUUUGUAAUGUUUGCUGUGAAUAAUACUGCAGGGGAAUAUGUUAUGCAUCUUAUUAAAAAUAAAAAAAAAAUCUGCAACUAAAAAACAGCAGCCAAAAACAUUACACCAUGAUGUUAUAUAAACAUUGGUAUGCAUUAAUUAAAAAAGUGUGUAUUCAUCUGCAUUAAGCUGAAGAAAUGACUGCUGGUUAACAUUACCUUGUGACAGAUGAGUAACUGACUCCAUAUGAGUAUUUUCCACAUUAUGUUUGUUCUGACAUCAUGAUGUCAUUAAAUGCACCAUGGCCUUUAAUAAAAAACAAACAAAUAAAUAUGGCUAUAUACAUA